GCACGCUUGAGAAUGUGUCUUGCUUCGUUUUUAAUCACUUUCUUCACCAUCGGGUGCUUCAUCCUCAACCAACUCAACUUGACGCUAUAUGACGAUAUGAACAUGGCCAAUUGAAUUGAAUUGAAUUGAAUGGAGUCAUAUGAUCAAAGCAUUAGCCAUCACAGUGUAGUUGCCAGUUUGCGAAAACGCGAUCUGUCUGUGCGGGUGGCUAUCGGAAUCAAGGCCGUUCAAGAGCACGGAAACUCGUGAUCUCUCCUGAUUCUAAGUCCUGCCUGGAAGUCAAACUUGGAGAAAUAGGGAAUUACUAUUUUAUCACACCCAGAACAUAUCUCCCCGACUGGCUCGGUCUUUUGUUCGAUAGGAGACAAGAUUAUGUCUUCAGCACCUAAUCUACGCAGAAACGGCAAACGUCCUUCGUGUGAACCGUGUAGGAUUGGGAAAUUGGCUUGCGGGCAUGAACAGCCAUAUUGUGGGAGAUGUGUGAAGAGGGGAUUCGAGGGGAGGUGUUGGUAUCAUCCUGCUCCUAUGAGUCGAGGGAGGGUGGAUGGGGAGGGUAGGGAAGAGAGUGGAGAUGGAGGAGGCGUAAAAAGGAGACGGACUGGUGGGAGCGUGGCAGGGAGUGGUGAAGAAAGAGAGGAAUGGGGUGAUGGAGAUGCAGGAAGGGGAAGAGGAGGCUUGGAUAGCUUGGCCAAUGCUGCUUUCAUGAGAGAUGUAGAAAGAGGUGACGGUAGUGGGGAAAGUAUAGAUGCUGCCUCGAACAAUUCAAACCACUCUCUCAACAUCUCCAAGUCAACCACUUCCCAGAACAAUUCUCUUGGCAUGCUCACAGCCGAGGUGGAACCGCAAACCACAAACCCCACAAAUAACGUCUACCGUUCCUCCCGCGGAUGUAGGCCACCAACCCCAAAUCUUCAAUCACGUAAGCGUUCGUUUCCAAAAUCUAUAAAUCCAAUGCCUGGGAAACCAACGAUGCAAAAUAAUUGGAAUGGGGCUAGUUACAAGAGGAGUAGACGAUUUUGGGGACCCACAAGUUUUGGGGCUGUUUUUAGGGAUGGUGAUGGGAAUGGGGAGGGGGGGGGAUUGGAAACGGAAAGAGGAGGUGGAGAAGGCGAUGAAAGUGGGAGUAGAGGAGAGACAUUAUCAGGUGGAAUAGGAGGAAUGUUGGAUAUUGGGGAGGAUGGGAGGAAAAAUCCCAGUUCGUGGCUUUUCGGCCCGCCGCUUCUAGGAAGAAAUAGACCGACAUCUUACACAAUUCGUUGUGAAAUGAUCACCAAAGCGCUUUGGAACAUACCCUCACUCUCAAGCUGUAAUGAACUUCUAGAGCGGUAUCAGUAUCUCCUCGAACUUUCAGUCAUACCCGAGUUCAUGAUCAAAUAUUUAAUCUCGAGUAUCUAUAAUACAUUUGGCUCAGUUCUAGCUGAGCCUCGUAGUAGAGAGAAGUUCAUACCUUUCGUCGAAACAUUGCUCAAGAAUGAAGAAACACCACUACCUUCGUCCCCGGACGAUGGUAUUGCAUGGCUCGACACUUUCAGUGGGCCCAAUAUUCGGUUUGAAUCUAUGGGGCUCUUCUUUUGUUUCAUAGGAAGAGCUUAUCAGAGUCUGCUGGAUGGAAAUCCAUUAUUCCAGAAAGAGGAAAAUCAUGGAAGGAAUAGAAGACAGACGGGUUGGAGAAUGAAUGAGUGUGCGGAUGUUAUGGGGAAAAUGUGUGAAUGUACCGAUACGGUAAAUGAGAUUGUGGUUGCAUUUCGGGUGUCUAUUUAUGCAUUGGAGGGUUCAGUGAUGGGGGAUGAGAGCUAUAGUAAUCUCAACCGACAUGGAAGCAUGGUAACAUCAGCGUGUGCUAUUGGACUCCACCGUCUUCCCCAUCUCCCUCCUCACCUUCUCACCACAGCUGCCGAAUACAAACGUCGAGUAUUCGCUUCCGUUUACAUCAUGGACAAAUAUUGCUCAGCUCUCAUUGGCACACCGCCUGGCAUUUCUCGUCUCUAUUGUCGUCUCCAAAUGCCUUCCGAUCUCUCAGAAACAGAAUUAUUCCUUCCCCGUACCCAAAUGCAACAAGCGAUAGCUGCCUGUGAUGAGCAAGGGUGGAAUGUAAAACGUGAAAUCUAUUGCGGUACUUGCUAUAGAGCUAACUUAGAAAUAUACAUGAUCAAAGAAGAGAUAUUGGAAGGAGCUUUGGGGGUGGAUGUGCAGGUUAGUCGUGAACGCAUAGAUUCUCUUCUUUCUCGUACUUCCUCAUCAUACCUGAAUCAACCACCUUGGAUCCAGUUUAAUCCAUCAGCGACGGGAAGGGUAUUAUUUGUACAAUUAAGUAUCUCAUUAGAAGCGCUACAAAAUACUUUUUUGUUAUACAGACUUGCAGUGGCAAAUCGUCUAGAAGGAAAUUAUAUUCAGGGGUUACUGGACACGGCUCUGGAAAUGUUGGAAAAGAUGAUUAUGAUGUGGGAGAAGAGGGAUGUGAUGGUUGGGUUUGAAUUCUGUUUCGAUUGGUUCAUUACUAUCUAUGGAAUUCCAGCGGCAGGUGUAAUUUGCGUGGAGUUGCUAAAAAGAAUGGGUGGAAGUUCCACCUCUGCUUCUGGCUCUGAAGCGAGGAAAAUGGGGACUCAAGAAAGAGCAAAGGCGAAGUUUCCGAAAAGCACGGCGAUUCAAAAAUUGACGCUCUUUGGUGCAUUUUUGGAUUGGGUGAGAGAUACAGAUGGGAAUUAUGCGUUGUUGAGGAGGGUGAGGGGCGUGGUGGGACGUGUUUUGAAGUGGGUUCUCGAUGGGGGGGAUGUUAAUAGAGAGGUGGAAAGGGAGAAGGAGAAAAGCAACUCUAGCCAAGAGGACCCUUCUAGGAUGGCUCAAAGCACAUUUGAUUCAACACAAGUUCCAACUCAAGGAUCUGUAAAUGAUGACGUGGGGAUUGGAAAUGGAAUAACAGCCGAGGGACCUCAAGGAUGGGAAAACACAAGUGUUAAUUUCAUGCCGCACCUUGGGCAUACAGGGCAGGCGGUUUUAGAUGAUAAUUUUACAGCGAGUCUAGAUUUCAAUGCUGGAUUAGAAUCGCUAGAUGGAAUAGGGAUGGAGGAGAUGUGGGGACAAGUUGAUUGGUUAAAUGCGGGGGAUUGGACUGGGGGUGUUGGGAUGGGAGGUACGGGGAAUGGGAACGAGGGAUUUGGCUUUGGAUUUUAGGGCUGGUGGUACUUGGUACGGUACUUGGAAACUUAAUUGGAAAUAUUGGCAACAAACUGUUAGAGGUACGGCGAUACAGUGGCACGGCGAUACAAUGACACGGCAAAAAUUCAGCAAUAAAGCCUACGGUA